AUGCUGCCCGACGACGAUUGCAUUACCCAAAGAAUGCUCCGAGUCAAAAUGUUCUUGUCUUUGAUUCUUCUGAAAAUGUUUCAUGCUGUCAUCUUCCUGGAGGGCAUCUCAAGCCCCAUAGCUGCUCACAUACUUGACUUCUGUGACGACGGCCUGGAUGAUAAUCUCUUUGCUGCAGUUGCCUCUACCUCCGAUCCAUUUGGAGCCUCCUCUGAGGAUGUUUCGUCCUCCUCCACUGCCACCCCUCCUCUCUGCAGCUACAGCGAUGACAUCACAGCUGCUGCCGCAACGACCUUCUCCCCAUUACCCUGCUUUGACUCCACUCUCUCAGCCCUACUUGAGGAAGAGCAAAACCCUGACCCUGAUACUGAGCUCGUUCCCCCAAUCAAUGAGACACUUGUAGCACCAGGAUGCUAUCAAGCUACGACCGGAGAGGCCAGUGUAGAGCAAUUCAGCCAUAUACAGUUUCCUGAGAGUAUAGCUGAACCCUUGCCAGCAAUGCAAAUGGGCAUGACUGCACCUAUGUUAGGGUUCAAUGAAGAGUGUUUCACGGCUGCACUAGCUGCAGGUUACAUGAGCCUGGAUGGUGCCCUAUAUCAGCAAACAGGAACAAUGAUCCCGAGUUGCAAUGCGGAGGCAUCACAAGUAGGAUUCUUCAAUGGUAGUAGUGCUAAUAGCAAUGGUAUGGUGGUGCUGGAUAUGAAUGAGAUUGGUGAGUACCAGAGGAUGAUGGAAGGUGAAGGACUGACCAGAACAUAUGCCGGCACAGAUUCCAUGCAAGGAACAUAUAAUAACACUUUGGAGAUGCAGAUGGAAGAAAACAACCAGCACCUGGUAAACGGAUGCAACGGAAGCCCACCAACAUUACCUCCAACUGAAGUUUCAGGCUUAGAAGAUUCCACAUUCAAAGUUGUGCGUUUAUCAGCUGAACAGAGAAAGGAGAAGAUCGACAGGUACAUAAAGAAAAGGAACGAGAGGAAUUUCAACAAAAAGAUAAAGUAUGCUUGCAGAAAAACUUUAGCAGAUAGCAGGCCUCGUGUCCGUGGAAGGUUUGCAAAGAACGAGGAACUUUGUGAAGCAACAAGAUCAAGCUAUCAAAAUCACGAACAGUAUGAGCAGAGUGGGGGUGCAGAUGAAGAAGACAUACUUGAUUCAUCCGAUAUUCUGGCUCAUUUGAGUGGGAUAAACUCCUACGGCUACAAGUAUAAUAACUGUACAAUUGAAUCAUGGAUAUGA